AUUCAAAGUUCUGCCUGCCAGCUUCCUCUCAGCCAGUUUGGAGCUCUUUCCCCUCACGAGUGCAAACCAACGUGCAGAGAUGAAAAUAUCUGUGGUUUCCAAGAAGCUGUGGUGUGUUCACAAACCGCUGGUGCUUCUAAUCACGCCUCUGCUUUUUUCACCACUACUUGUGACCCUACCAGAGAAGGAGGGCAAAUGUCUUUACGUGGUGGUGCUCAUGGCUGUGUUUUGGUGCUCAGAGGCCCUUCCUCUGGCCGUCACUGCAAUGCUGCCCGUCUGCCUCUUUCCAACGCUCGGGAUCGUUCCGUCCAAAAAAUUGUGUCCCCAGUACUUUUUGGAAACCAACUUUCUCUUCCUAAGCGGCCUGGUGAUGGCGUCGUCCAUUGAAGAGUGGGGCCUCCACCGCAGAAUAGCACUGAAAGUCCUCACCAUCGUAGGAGUGAAACCAGCUUGGUUGAUAAUGGGCAUGAUGGCGACAUCCUCCUUCUUGUCCAUGUGGCUCAGCAACACAGCCACGACGGCCAUGAUGCUCCCUAUUGCCAACGCCAUUCUGGAGAGUUUGUUUGGUGAUCUGGAGAGCCUCAAGCAAAAAUGCAAGUCGACGGAGCAUCGAGACAGUGACGUUAUCAACGGUCAGUCUACCAAGAUGCAUUCGCUGCCUUCAGUGGCCUCAGAGAAACAAAUGUUAUCCCUCGAUGGUGUGGACGAGAGCGAACAAAGUGAAAUGAAAAAAGCGGGGGACAUCCAGUCUGAGUCAGAGUAUCAGAUGAAAGUGUGGAAAGGCUUCCUUAUCUGUAUUCCUUAUGCUGCCAGUAUCGGCGGAACUGCCACGUUGACAGGAACUGCUCCCAACCUCAUCCUGAUUGGACAGCUCAAAAGCUACUUUCCAGACUGUGAUGCCAUCAAUUUUGGCUCUUGGUUUGCUUUUGCCUUCCCGCUCAUGUUCGUCUUCCUGGUUUUGGGAUGGGUAUGGAUCGCGUUCCUCUACGGAGGAUUGAACACAAGAUUGUGUUUUAAGAAACACGACCAAAGAGCAGAGGCAGAGGCCAGAGCCAAGGCUCUCAUUGAUGAAGAUUACAGAAAACUAGGGCCCUUAAAUUUUGCAGAGGGAGCUAUCUCUUUCUUUUUUGUUUUGUUUGCUGUUCUCUUGUUCACAAGAGACCCCAAGUUUGUCACCGGCUGGUCUGUAUGUUUUAAAAAGGGCUACGUCUCGGACGCAGUUACUGGGGUGAUCAUCGUGUCCAUUUUGUUUUUCUUUCCCUCGCAGAAACCCUCUCUUAGCUGGUGGUUUGACCCAAAAGCUUCAAAUAUUCCUUAUGUGCCUCUUCUGUCAUGGAAAAAAGCCCAGGACUCUGUUCCUUGGAAUAUCAUUUUGUUACUUGGAGGUGGUUUCGCCAUGGCUCAAGCAUGUGAGGAAUCUGGACUUGCCUCCUGGAUUGGAGGCCACCUCCAGCCUUUGGCUAGGCUCCCGCCUGCUGUUGCCAUGAUGUUGAUCACAGCCUUUGUGGCCUGUUUCACCGAGUUUGCCAGCAAUACCGCCACCAUCAUUAUAUUUCUACCUGUCAUUGCCGAGCUGGCAUUUCAUGUCUCCAUAAACCCACUGUACUUCAUGAUCCCAGCAACAAUUGGAAGUUCAUAUGCGUUCAUGCUGCCUGUGUCUACUCCACCCAACUCUAUCGCCUUUGCCUCUGGACAUCUGAUGGUCAAAGACAUGGUCAAAACUGGUUUUGUUAUGAACAUCCUGGGUCUCCUCUCAAUCAGUCUAGCUAUAAACACAUGGGGUCUCGCCAUGUUUAACUUGAAUAUCUACCCUGAUUGGGCUCGCCCUCUCAACCAGUCUGCUUCUUUCGCUGAAGUGCACUUGCCUGAUGUGCAUAUGACAAAUAUGACUGUCUGAUCACUUAAAAUACUAAGCAGUGACAAAAUGUGACAAAACGAUUCAGCUGUUACCCGUUUAAUAGUCAAUAUUUUUGCUGACAACUCCAAGAUGAAAGCUGCAGUUUGACCGAGCAUUUCAGCGUUUGGCUAGACAUAUCUGUAGAGGGCAGCAAUGAGGGUAGUCCCUUGCCGGCAGUUGAAAAGAUCAAUCGGGAGUCAUGACGUCCACUUGGCGCUAUAGUUCAACUCAUUGGCGCCAUUUGCCAACUAUGUCAGUUUGCAUUUCUGCUGUGGUGACUCCAAUCCUACCUUUAGAUGUGUUUUCAAUACAAAAUAAUGUUACUUUUUUAUUGAAUAUAUCCAUUCCAAUCUACAUUCUGUUACUGCAGUUAUCAUAAAAGCAUGGGCAUGCAUCAUUUACUGCACAUCCAUGUUUUCACGCGCCUAAACAUGUGCCGUUUUGCGGUUUUCAAACAUGUAUUAUACCUGUACCACUUUUUAUGAGCAUUUGUAGAGCAGUCGUAAAGUGAAUCAAUAUUGACACUAAUUUUUGGGGGGGUUUUACCGUUUGAGGUGCAUGAGAUGUAAGCUAUACUUUGCUUAAGUGCAAAAAUGCAUACGUCAAUAAUUUUUUUUCAUUUAAGCAAUAUUUUAUUUAAUAUACAAUAAUGUAAAAAAAACAAAUGUAAUUUAAAAAAACACUAGAGGGCACCAAUAUGCAUCAAUUGAAUGUUUUAAUCAGCCCUUUAAGAUCUCUCGCAGCUAUGUAAUUAUAAAAUAAUGUUGCUAAAAUGGACAAUAUGUCUAGUGUUUUUUCUUUCUUACUGUUCAAAAUGUUAACACACACGUAUGACGGAGGAUUCUCGGCUGUUCAUCGUCUGUCUGCUGCAGUCGUGUGUGGAACUGUCAGUUUGCAUGUCCUUCUGACAUGUGCUAAAUAAAACACAAAAUAGUGCUUGCCAAAGGGUGAUGAGUGCAGAUAAAUCACAUUGCGCGGGCUAAAUAACCAUGACAUGGUUUCCUCCGAAAAUUGUGGGCAUUUUGAUGACUAACACAUAUUUUGCAUAUUAAUAAAGAAAGAGAUGCAAAAUAGAUUGCACGCCUUAAUCAGACACAAUCCACUUUGCACACAUUUAGUAGAUAAGCUUUGCGUGUGCUAUCAAGUUUGCACAUGUUUUAGCUCACGCAAACCUUUAGUAAAUCAGGCCACACACACUGAGUCCGUAUGAAUUGGGGUGGCGUACGUGAGCUAGCGGGCACUUGUUGCGACCAUACCAUCUUUUUCUAUUUCAUAAGAUGAAGCUUGUGACUUGAGUUUAAAAAACUUUGUUGAGUAAAAACAAACUACAAUAAAUAUUUGUUCAUGUUCCACUGAAUGAAUGAAUGAAUGAGACUACCAAGAUGGAGGGUUGUGUAUAUAUAAGCUCAAAAACGUCUGUAACUGAACUUUUAGAUAAAAAUGGAAUAGUGAUCAAACUUUUACAAUCAACGUAUGUGUAUAAGAACAUUUCCUGGAAGAGGAUAGGUUAAUUUAAUUCACUUACAACCAAGAGUUGUAUGAUUUGUAAUUUUAUGAAAAUAAA